GGGACGAGACCGGACAGAGGUUCCGCUGCUGAGCCCCCCGCUCUGCUCUAAGGGAGUCUGGGGGUCUCAGUGCCGGGCCCUUGCCGGGAAAGGGGGUCCCGGGGUCCCGGUGGGCGUCCCCUGCCCCAGGGAAAGGAGGUCCGGCGGUCGCGGGGGUCGCGGUGCGGCGCCCCUCUCUGCGGUCACUGGAGCAAAGCAGGACACCGCGAUGCACCCGGAGCCCCCACAUUCCUGAACCCCCCAGCCCAGCCCGGAGAACCCCCCAAAAACGCCCCAAAAGCCCAAAAUGAGGCUGUUCCGCCGCCGCUACAGCACCUUGAAGGUGGCCUUGGCGGGCGCCGUCUUCGUCCUUUUCCUCUUCAUCCUCCAGAAGGACGUGGGGAGCAAGGACCCGGGCGAGGAGCCGUGGCUGCGGAACAUCGUGCAGGGCAAGGACCAGGUGCUGGACCUGAUGCUGGGCGCCGUGCGGGACCUGCGGGACUCGAUGCCGCGGCUGCAGAUCGGGGCCCCGGAGCCGCCGCCGGAGCCGCUGCCCAGCGCCCGCUCCUGCCUGCCCGGCGUCUACACCGCGGCCGAGCUGCGGCCGCUCAUGGAGAGGCCCCCCCAGGACCCCGCCAGCCCCGGGGCCGACGGAAAAGCCUUCAAGAAGGAUCGCUGGACGCCCGAGGAGACGAAGGAGAAGGAGCGGGGCUAUGAGAAGCAUUGCUUCAACGCCUUCGCCAGCGACCGCAUCUCCCUGCAGCGAGCGCUGGGGCCCGACAGCCGCCCCCCCGAGUGCAUCGACCAGAAGUUCAAGCGCUGCCCUCCCCUCCCCACCACCAGCGUGGUGAUCGUGUUCCACAACGAGGCCUGGUCCACGCUGCUCCGCACGGUCUACAGCGUCCUGCACUCGUCCCCCGCCCGGCUGCUCCGCGAGGUCAUCCUGGUGGACGAUGCCAGCACGGACGAGUACCUGAAGGAGGAGCUGGAUCGCUACGUGGAGCAGCUGCAGAUCGUGCGCGUGGUGCGGCAGCGGGAGCGCAAGGGGCUCAUCACGGCGCGACUGCUGGGCGCCAGCGUGGCCAGCGGGGAGGUGCUGACCUUCCUGGAUGCCCACUGCGAGUGUUUCCACGGAUGGCUGGAGCCGCUCCUGUCCCGCAUCGCCGAGGAGCCCACGGCCGUCGUGAGCCCCGACAUCGCCACCAUCGACCUCAACACCUUCGAGUUCGCCAAGCCUGUCCAGAACGGGAAGCAGCACAGCCGGGGCAAUUUCGACUGGAGCCUGACUUUCGGCUGGGAGGUCGUUCCCGCGCGGGAGAGGCAGCGCAGGAAGGACGAGACCUUCCCCAUCAAGUCCCCGACCUUUGCAGGUGGCCUCUUUGCCAUCUCCAGGUCCUACUUCGAGCACAUCGGCUCCUACGAUGACCAGAUGGAGAUCUGGGGGGGUGAGAACGUGGAAAUGUCCUUCAGGGUGUGGCAGUGCGGGGGACAGGUGGAGAUCAUCCCCUGCUCCGUCGUGGGCCACGUGUUCCGCUCCAAGAGCCCGCACACCUUCCCCAAGGGCACGCAGGUGAUCUCGCGGAACCAGGUGCGCCUGGCCGAGGUCUGGAUGGACGACUACAAGGAGAUCUUCUACCGCCGCAACCAGCAAGCCUCCCAGAUGGCCAGAGAGAAGACGUUUGGUGACAUCACAGAGCGGCGCAGGCUGCGGGAGCGGCUGCACUGCAGGAACUUCACCUGGUACCUGCAGAACGUCUACCCCGAGAUGUUCGUGCCCGACCUGACCCCGACGUUCUACGGGGCGAUAAAAAACGAGGGCACCAAGAGCUGCCUGGACGUGGGGGAGAACAACCACGGUGGGAAACCUCUCAUCAUGUACCCCUGCCACGGGCUGGGGGGCAACCAGUACUUCGAGUACACGAGCCAGCGGGAGCUGCGCCACAACAUCGGCAAGGAGCUGUGCCUGCGCGGGGCCGCGGGCACGGCCGAGCUGGGCGAGUGCCAGUUCCGAGGGAAGCCCGGCCGGGUGCCCGCCAGCGAGGAGUGGGACCUGGCGCAGAACCGGCUGAUCAAGAACUUGGCCUCGGGGAUGUGCCUGACGGCCCGGGGGAAGCACCCGGCGCUGGUUCCCUGCGACCUCACGGACCCGCACCAGCUCUGGUCCUUCACCUAAAAGGGAGCGGAGCCCCCGGCCACGCUCAGGAAACCAGGAUCCAAAAAAAACUCCCUCGUUCGCUUUAAUUUAAGAAGUGAAAGCCUUAAAUAUGCUGCAUUUCGUGGUUGCCUUGAGCUGAACCGCGUGCCUUUGGGAGCCGGGCUCUGCCGGGGCAGCCCAGGGACCCCGAAACGCGGCGGGGACGCUCCUGCGGACGCUCCGCGGCAGGCGCUGCUCGUCCUCCCCAUCCCGGCUCCAGCCAGAGACUCUUCAGUUCGCGUCGGGCAUUAAGAGCGUGGGCGCGCCUCCCCAGAUGCGGAAUGUGGGAUGUGGGCGGGGAAAUCCGGCGAGGAGGAGGAUGGGGAUCGUGGGGCUGCUCCCGUCGAGGGGGGAUCGGGGCUUGCGGUGGCCCCUGGCGGGCAAUGGGAGAAGUUGGGAUCGGUGCCUUAGGAAUCACGUUGCAUUUGGAGACGGGAGGAAGUUAGAUUCUGGGUUUUAUUAUUGUUAUUAUCACAUGAUGAUGAUUCCUGGGUGCGAUUCUGCUUCUGCUGAGCAGGAGGAGUUUUCCCUGGAUGGCACCACAGAAUCCUUCUGAACAGGAUCCCGGGUGCCACAUCUCCUCUGUUCCAGAUUUCUUGUCUAUCCCAACUUCUGUAGCUGCCGCUUUCGUUGCCCCAUCGUUUAUAGUGGGGAAAAAUCCUCCUGGACAUGGCAGGAGGGGGGAGAACCUGUCCUAGACAUUCAACCUAAAUAAAGAGAUGAUUUAUUUUA